UUUGGGAGAAAUGUACAAAUCGACCUGUUUGAGAAUGAAGCAGUAGGGGGCUGUUUGGCUACUAUCAGUGUGGAAGGUAAAGAGUAUGAAGCAGGAGGAUCUGCCACCCAUCCCCUUAACCUUUUACAGCAGGUAUUUCUUCCCUAUGUAGGACUCUCUCCUGCACAAGGCUGGGCCCACAUGGCAGGCAUUUACAGUGGAGAGGAAUUUGUAUUUGAGGAGAGUGGCUGAUACAGAAUCACGGUUCUUAAGCUUCUUUGGCAGUACUGGUUGAACCCUCUGUAAAUGUACAUGUGGGUGGAAGAUAUCUUGGAGAAGUUCAUGAAGAUCUACCGCUACCAGUCUCACAACUACACCUUCACCAGCACAGAGUCUACUCCAGGGGUGGGCAAAAUAAUGGAGCUCCUGAACAAGACUAUUGACCAGGCUAUGCAGAAGACUGGCUUCUCCCAGAAGCUUAUUAACGAGGUGGUAACUCCAGCCAUUAGAAUCAAUUACGGGCAAGCUGUGAACAUCAAGGGUUUUGUUGGCGCAGUGUUUCUGGCAGGUGCAGAUUCUGAACUCUGGUCAGCUGAAGGAGGUAACAAAUGUGUCUGUGAUGGUCUUCUUUCUGCUUCCAAAGCACAACUUAUCCCUGGCACGGUUGCCUCAGUAGAGCUGAGAUCACAGCUCAGAUCACCAGGUGAGGCUUAGUUGAGUUCUUUGGAGGAACAAGCUGUGAAGCUAGAGGUGGGCUUAUGCAGUGCAGUUUAACACUAACAGGCCCCUACUCUAUCAACUAGGGUGAUGAUGAAAAACAGUCAGAGCCUGCCCUCUCCUCUCCCCCCUUGCAGCAAUGUGGGCAUACCUACCCUUCUUGUUACUGUGUCAGCACCUCCCAGU